AUGCACGGAGCAGAAAUUGUAAAAUAUGCCCUCUUACCGAUCGGUCAACUGUCUGAAGAGGCCCAAGAGUCACUAAAUAAGGACAUUAAGAAAUACAGACUAAAUAAUGCGAGGAAAUGCUCUAGAGAAUCGAAUUUGAGAGAUAUCUUCAAUAGGCUCUUAGUAACAUCAGAUGAAUUUCUCUCAAGCAUCAGGAAAUUGCCCCAGAGACCGGCGAAACCUUUACAUAAAGAAUCCCUACAAUUGUUAAAACAACCUGAAGUCACCAGACAAGAGACAAGGAAGGAUUUCCGAUUUGGAUACAAGUGGGACAACAUCAGAAUCCGAAUCGAGUGA